CAUUUAGUGGCAAGCACAAGUCUUGUCAUUAUAUUAAAUCAUCUUGCUCUUUACAAUCUACUGUAUGUGCACAAAUCUCUGAAAAAAUCAUGGUGAAAGAUUCGUUUUCAUUGCCGAGUGGUAUGAUCCAAAUGCUUCACUUUUUCGACGUUAUGAGCUUUUAUUUUACCCAGGAGAUGGAUCUGUCGAAAUGCAUGAUGUAAAGAAUCACCGCACCUUUUUAAAGAGGACCAAGUAUGAUGAUCUUCACUUGGAAGAUUUAUUUAUAGGCAACAAAGUGAAUGUCUUUUCUCGACAGCUGGUGCUAAUUGACUAUGGGGAUCAAUACACAGCCCGCCAACUGGGCAGUAGGAAAGAAAAAACAUUAGCUCUGAUUAAACCAGACGCAGUGUCAAAAGCUGGAGAGAUAAUUGAAAUGAUAAACAAAGCCGGAUUUACUAUAACCAAACUCAAAAUGAUGAUGCUUUCAAGGAAAGAAGCAACAGAUUUUUAUAUAGACCAUCAUUCAAAGCCCUAUUUAAAUGAGCUGAUCCAGUUUAUUACGAGUGGUCCUACUAUUGCCAUGGAGAUUUUGAGAGAUGAUGCUAUAUGUGAGUGGAAACGACUGCUUGGGCCUGCAAACUCCGGCCUGGCACGAGCCGACGCUCCUGGGAGCCUGAGAGCCCUCUUUGGAACAGAUGGCAUAAGAAAUGCAGCUCAUGGCCCUGAUUCCUUUGCUUCUGCUGCCAGAGAAAUGGAGUUAUUUUUUCCUUCAAGUGGAGUUUGUGGACCAGCGAAUACUGCUAAAUUUACCAACUGUACCUGUUGCAUUAUUAAGCCCCAUGCCAUCAGCGAAGGACUCCUGGGAAAGAUCCUCACGGCUAUCCGGGACGCAGGGUUUGAAAUCUCAGCUAUGCAAAUGUUCAACAUGGAUCGAGUUAAUGUUGAAGAGUUUUAUGAAGUUUAUAAAGGAGUUGUGUCUGAGUAUAGCGAGAUGGUGACAGAAAUGUAUUCUGGCCCUUGCAUAGCAAUGGAGAUUCAACAAAAUAAUCCUACAAAGACAUUUCGAGAAUUCUGUGGACCAGCUGAUCCUGAAAUUGCCCGGCAUUUACGGCCUGGAACUCUCAGAGCUAUCUUCGGUAAAACUAAGAUCCAGAACGCUGUCCACUGUACGGAUCUACCCGAGGAUGGCCUAUUAGAGGUUCAGUACUUCUUCAAGAUCUUGGAUAGCUAGCAGCAUAGGAAACAAAGAAAUCACAGGCUGGGGCAUUGAGACAAGACCGAAUCAGGCACAUGAGGGAUGUGUUCAUUCUUUUAUUGUCCGUUGUUUGAACCUGACUGAAUACAAGAUCAACAAGAGCACUGUACUCCCGGCAAUUAUUAUAUAUGUUAGAACAUGGAUUUUGCACUGUAGACAACAUUUAACACCAGUCUAUGGGGUACUGCAUUGCUUUUUAUAAAGUCCAAAAUAAAGAUUUAUUUUCAAACAAGUGA